AUGCAAGAUAUCAAGUCGUUUACAAUGACAGCCAUGAACGGAUUGGAAUUUCAAUGUGCUAACUCAACUUGUUUACCAUUCGUUACUACUACUACACUAAACAUCCUCGAAUGUCAAAUCCACUGUUUACAGCAACUUCAAUGUAAAGCAAUUACUUUUCAAGAGAAAACAGGGAAAUGUCAAUCGUUUAUCAACAUCGUAGAUCAAAAUAACAACUUCCAAGAAGUACUACGUCAGCAACCACGACAUCAACAAGUUCAACCUCAACUACAACGAGCUCAACAUCAACUAGUUCGACCUCAACACCAACAAGUUCCACAUCAACUACAACAAGCUCAACAUCGACAACAUCAAGCUCGACAUCAACUAGUUCGGCCUCAGUAUCCUCGAUAUCAACAGAUGUAUCAGUUUGUGGUACGUAACAAACGAAAUAAUUAUCAUUUUCUAUGCGCUGAACAAUGA